CGAUGAAAUAUGGAGAUUAAGGAUGUAAUCUCAGUUUCUGUCAGUUUAUGAGGGAAGCGCAGUCUUCGAUCUCUUUUUUUCCGAUAAAGCCAAUGUCAGAGAUAAUUAGUCAUUCUUUUUCUUCUUCAUAAGGUAAGUAACAUUGCCAAACAAAGGAGAAACGCUCCGGCAAUGAAUGUUCUUAAGGAAAGAGGCACGUUAUGAUUUGUUGAAUUGGAAUUGGAUGUCAUUUUCUUACAAGUAAUAGAUUAGUUCAUUUGCACUUUCAUCUAAAAAGGAGUAGGCUAGAGUGGAAUUUUUCAGAGAAUGGAUACAAGAAGGAAUAUAAAUGCAUGUAUAUAAAUAUAUUGAUGUAUGUUUUGUAGUUCUGACCAUGUCGAUGGGUUGAAUAAUUUAUGAAAUAUUAACCACAACAGGAGAUGUCAAAAUAUAGCCUCUGAGGUACGCGAAUAAGAAUCAGGGAUGAACUUUCAACCUUAUAGAUGUCAACAAUUAUUCUUGCGGGAUACAAAAAAAGAAAUUCCUUUGUUUCGAAAUUUUGUGUAACUUGAAAUCUGUUGCGCUCUGUGUUGAGCAAUUUCUCAGAGCGCUACCCCUCAGUUAUAUAAUUAUUGCUUCAUAAGAGUACGCACGUCUUCAAGUAAACAGUACUUUUUGUAUUAGAUACAUUUUUUAGCGACUUGAUGCAAAUUUUUUUCUAAAGCGUAAUGCGGUUAUUCGCAACGAUCCUCAGCUAUGUACUGUGUUAUUUAUUCUCAGUUUUUCUCACCUCACUCCUUAUUCCGUAUAUUUCUGUGUAUUUUGUUUUAGUGUGAUUAUAAGGUUUCUAAAAUGCAGAAACCUACCAGCGCUCGCUCGGAGUUUAUCGUUGGAGGGAAAUAUAAAUUGCAGCAGAAAAUAGGCAGCGGGUCUUUUGGUGAUAUCUACAAAGGAUUGAAUAUUACAAAUGGCGAGGUUUGUAUGGAGCAAUAUCACUAUCCUUCCUUGGGUUAUGGCAAACUUGGUUGUUGUUGUUUUUCCUUCCUCUAGAAUUCUAGAAAAAAAAAAUUGGAAAAGAAAUCUCAUUUUCAGCAUGACCUUACAUUUGUAUGUUGAAACUACUUAAAAUAGCUUAGAAAUAAACAAAAUAGAACAUAUUUCUGUCAUAGCCAAUAAGUUCUAGGUCAAUUAUAGAUACAAAAUUCAAAGGUGUACUGUAGCUAUUACAUUUAGACUGUGUUUCUUGAAUGUCCCCAUGUUCACCAAAUUUUAUUCUUGGAAGAACUGUUGUUAUAGUAUCUCUGCAAAGGUUAUGAAAGCAACUUACUAUGUGUUUAUUGAACUCUGCCAUCAAUGAUACAACCUUGUCAAAUUCUGGUGAUAAGACACUUCUGUAUAAAAGUUAUACUUUAGAUUUUAAACAAUUAAUAGAUAUCCCAGUGAUUUUUAGGCUGAAAAGCCAUAAAAUGUGUGAGUCUGUGUUAUGUUUUAAGAAAUUCAUCUCUGUCACGGCUGAAAAACUGUAAUUUGUUCCGCAUCAACUGAGCACUGGUUUAGAGUUGAAUUGCAUAUCCUUUCUUAUCCCUUUACUGCCCAAGGGAAAUACCAAUUUCUUUCUGAAAUGAGAAUGAUGAACCAUUGGACCAGGUGUGAUAUAUCAUUUUAAAGGGAUUUUCUGGGGUAUGCUAUAAAUGACACCAACAGGUGUGGAGAAGGUAACUGAAAAGACUGAGAAUUGUCCAAAGUGAAAAAUUAAAAAAACAUUGAAAUUUUUCAUGCAACUGAUCUCUUGACUCAUCAGUUCCAUUUUAGGGGGGUUGAAUUUAAUUACAAAAUGAUAUUCUAGUAGGCAUUUUUAUUAGCCAACACUGACAGAGUUAAAUAUGAAAUUACAGUUUUUAUAACAGCAAAAAAGGAAUUGAAACUAAAAACAAUUUGAAAUAAAAACAUCCUUAAUACAUUUGAUAUUCCAUCUUGUGUCCAGAUAGUACAUAAUUUGCUAGUUCUGUGAAUUUUGUGGAUAGGCCUUAUGCAUUUUUGCAUUGUAGUACAUAAUUUUCCCCACAAGCCUCACUCUAAAAGUGAAGAUUGGUGAAAUUUGAUGGGAAAAUAUUUCCAUAACACUGAAAUCAAAAGAAGGCAGACGUAAAAACAGCAAGGAGAUGGUAAAGAUUUGAGGAAAAUGUUGUUGUUUGGGGUGAUUUUCCAUCAAAUCAUUCAAUCAGGUGUAAGAGCCCAAACAGUGAAUUCUAAAGGUGUCAUUUGAAUGACAACCAGUUGAAGACACAAUAAGUAAAUGUGGGCAUUAAAAUUAUGUAUAGCCUUAGCUGUUUUAUCUUCCUUUCAGAUGUUCAAUGUGCUUUCAAUUGUUGCCUAGGCAAACAACAAUGCAAGCAAACUUUCAUCACAAGUCAUUUCUAUAUCAGUGUUUUUUCCCACAGGUUUUUCAGUAGCCAUAAAAACUACAGUAGCACAGGGAAAAUCGGAAAGUGUAUAGAGGGAUUGAAUAUCUAUUUCCCUAGUAUCUAUUCCAUAUUGUUGUCAGUUAGUACUAAUCAAUCUUUUUGGGUAUAUACUAAUGUGAAACAAAGGUUUAAAAUCAAUUUCAGAUGAAGACAGGUAUUUAACUCUUUUGUCCUACUGAAAUAGUGGCUGCCUCAGAAUCAAGUAGCUGGUGAAAAGCCAGCUGCUUUUACUUCUGGAGAACAAUGUAUACAGUGUAUGCAUAACAAUUGGAACUUGAAGUGGAUUUUACUGACUUGUUUACCACAGAAAACAGUGAUGACAUGUUGUUAAUUUUCUGAACCAACACUCCCUGUAGUAAUUAUGUUAAAAUUAAUGUGAUAUUCAUUCAUCUAUGCACAAUUGUUUUAGUUCAAUGCCUGAGCUGACUGAUUUUCUUUAAGUUACAACUUACAAUCCCAAAGAUUUCCAUCUUGUUCAUAUGAGGAUAUUUUUGCAGUAAUAAAUAUUUGUUGAAAGUGAAAUGGAGCUGUGUAUUGUCACAGAAAAAAUUUGAAACUCCAUAGCCCCAGAGUGGCUUCCAGUGGCUAAGAACUGACAGCAAAUAAACAAAUUCAAUGUUCACUGUAACAUCAUUGAGACAUCCUUUUUUACAGGAUGUGGCAGUUAAACUUGAAUCCCAAAAAGCAAGACAUCCACAACUGUUGUAUGAGUCUAAGCUCUAUAAGAUAUUACAAGGAGGAAAUGGUAUUCCUAAAUUUAGGUAUGGUACAGUUAAAUUGCUUCUAAUUUCUCCUUACAGUAUAAACCUUAAAUCAAAUGUGCAGGUUAUGAGAAUAAUAGAAAUGAUCAGCAAUUCAAGAAGCUGAUUUUGAGACAAAUUCUCUUCGUCAUUACCAAAGAACAUGUAAAGAAAACAGUGAAGAGAAAACGAAUUUUUAAGCUUCAACUACAGCAGAAUCAGUAAAAGUGAAUAGUUUGGUUUUCCUUCCAGAUAUUUCUAUCUCCAUGUGCUUGCAGUGUUCAUUUAUGUGCAUUAUCUUUUCUUUGGAUUUUUGUCCUAUUGCUGCACUAAGUUAAUAAGUGCCCCCCCUCGAUUGAGUGCUGUCCUUUCAAUAAGGGCCCCCCCUUUUAGCAAACAUUUUAGAUAAGGGUGUGGGCCCUUGUUUGAGGAAAUGUGGUAUUUUACUUGAAAGGAACACAUAAUGUAAUGGCUUGUGAAACAAGCCUCUUACUUAGAUUUGGCUGUCCACUGGAUUGUGAUUGUGUUGUUUCAUUUUUGCAGAUGGUAUGGUCAAGAGAGAGAUUACAAUGUGUUAGUGAUGGAUUUGUUAGGACCCAGCUUAGAAGACCUUUUUAAUUUCUGCAAUAGGAAGUUUACAAUGAAAACAGUUCUCAUGUUAGCUGACCAGGUUGGUCUUACAAGACAUUUCCUACCAUAUUUAACAACUAUUCAUCUAAGGCAAAGUAAAUAUUGUUUGGAAGUGAUGUCAAGGGGACAGUUUAAUAAUAUUCCCAAAGCCUUAGGCAAAUAAUUGUUUUAGUGUAAUAGUUCAGUGCUUUCAAAUUCUGUAGUAAAUAUUCAUUUUGUUGAAUCUUUUCUGUUUCAAUUGUUUUGAUUACUUGUAUCAAGAUAAAGAGCCAGUUUCACUUGAAUUUGAUAGGUUCAUUUAAUUCAAUCAGCCAAAAUUUCGUAUCUCUCUUUUAAAAAGUGUUACUCCAAAAUUAAGAGCAUCUUUUGUGCUCUUCUGAACUGACUUUUCUUUAUCGCAUUCAUCACUUCCUCGGUAACACUAACAAAGUGUGAGGCAGUCAUUUUGAAAUUUAGUGCUCCUGCUAAUCUAUAGAUUUAGCCAAGCCUAAAAGCAGAGCUUGCAUUUUUUUUCCUGCACAUCUCAAGGGCACAACGCCUUGCCCUGGCCAGGACUAGUUCCUGGGUUGUCCGACUCUGAGUCCAGUGCACAGACCACUGGACUGCUGAACAAAGCCGUGGCGCUGGCAUGCCUGCGGUACAGGUGACCACGCAUGUUAAAAGUAGCACCUUGUACGGUCGUACAUCCAAACUUUUUCAGCUUGAUGGGUUACUACUAUUUUGUAUAAUUAUGGGGCUAUGCUCUGCUCUAAUCAUCUUGCAGGAGGUGAUUGUAACAGGAGGCCUAAAUUUCAAAAUGACUGCUUUGUGUUUUGUUAGUGUUACAGAGGAAGUGAUAUAACACAAUCCUCAACCAAUCAGAGCAUAUGCAUCUCUAUAAUCACCAAAGCAGUUAUACUAUUAACCCUUAAACCCUAGGAGUAAUAAACAUCUAAUUUCUCCUUACAAUAUCACCCCUUAAUCAUACAUCAAGGUCAUGGGAAUAAAGGAAACAAUCACAAACUUCAAAAGUUCACAAUUUUUAAGGAAACUCUCCUUGUCAGUACCUAGGAAAUGUAUAGAGAUCAUUAGAGAGAAAAUAUAUACUAAUGAUAAGGUGUCAACUGAUACUCACACUGAUUCAAGAUUAUAUAUCAACACCUAGGGGAGGUUAUCCUUAAAACUUUUUGAAGCCACUGUUACUGUGUAAUUUGCUCCACAUUGUGUUUGCAAACAAUUUGUCAUCUUUGUCGAAAUCUUUCCUUCCAGAUGAUAGGUCGCAUUGAAUAUUUCCACAACAAGAAUUUCAUUCACCGAGAUAUUAAGCCAGACAAUUUUCUAAUGGGCACAAGCAGAUGCUGUAACAAGGUGAACAUGAAAAAACAUUUAAAAACAUUAACUUUUUGUCCGUUUUUCUUUCCUUUUCUUUUCUCUUUUUUUACUUUUCUUGCUCCUUGCUCUCGUAUCUGUCAAUAAUUUGUAGUAUUUAGCAAAUUAAUGAUCUUUUUUAAAUUUUAUGUAUUUCGAUAGCUGUACAUCAUUGACUUUGGCUUAGCAAAGAAGUUUCGGGACAGUAAAACCAAGCAGCAUAUACCAUACAGGGAAGACAAGAAUCUCACAGGCACUGCUAGAUAUGCCAGCAUAAAUGCACACCUUGGAAUUGAGCAAUCGUGAGUAAAUGUGAUUUUUUUAUUGGGUCGUAGAUGCAGGGGAGAAGUGAUUAGAUCACCAGAUUUCAUGUUAUAAAGUUCUGGUAUUAGUCCUAGCCAGGUCAUUCUGAUAUUUGCUUGGACUAUUUUGUAGUGCCUCUCUACACCCGGGAGAGAACAUUUGUAUUGGCAAUCUGUCAGGGAAAUCUUAAGAAAUGCUUGGGAGGGGGGGGGGAGGGUGGGAAAGGAAGGGUUGACAUGCAAUUUAACUCUUUAACUUCAAUGAGUGACCAGUGACCAAGACAGAGUUUCUCCUUACAAUAUCAAUACAAUAUCAAGCAGACAAGUGAUGAGAAGAAAGAAAAAUGUUAAUUAGGGGAUUAUAAGUUGAUCCAAUACCAAAUUCUCCAAACUAAUAUCACAAGAACUGUAUUAGUAGACAGUAAGGAGAAUUACUUGUGAGAUCUUGGGAUUUAAAGGGUUAAUGGCAUUUCAGAGUUCAGUGAUACUACUCUUAGUUUCUUUAUUCUAUGAAAAUCAGGACAAGCUUUGUCAAAUAGGGUCAUAUGACUCAAAUACUGACUUUAAUUGGUUAUUGAUAGAUUCAAACUUCAUAUCUCUUCGACAUGCUUGAUAACAGACUAUUACUUCUUAAUAUUGUUGACAAUAAAUGUUAUUCAUUUGAUAGUUUCCCAGAUGUACACAGCCCCUAAAAAGGGAAUUACUUUAUGUAUUAAUAUCACUUUAUCAGGCAUGGUGAUGCAUUUUGUUCAGACAGUUUUGCCAUCAUUUUACGGUUCUCAUUUUAUCAACCCCCUCUAAAGUGACAGUAAUAUAGUAACAGAGCUUAUGUUUUUGGGUAUACCUGUGUUUUGGGGCCUUCUCAGAGUCAUUUAACCCAUGCCUUACAGCCUGGGCUUAUCUGACUCUAAGUCACAUCCAAAAUGUAUUUAUGCCUGUGAACAUGAACCGUAUUCUUUUUAUUAUAACAUGCAACUGCCAUAUUUUAAACUUACUUGACCCUUGAUUUCAGGGUUGUCUUGGUUACCUGUAUGUUCAUUCUUCUAUCAAUUUAGUCUAGUUUAGUUUGGUUAAGCAGACAUCAGUCUGUCAGUAGUUUAAUCUUCACUUAUACAAAAUUAUUAACAAGUGUUUCUAUAACUGUUUUCUCUCCACAACAGACGCCGAGAUGACAUGGAAUCACUAGGAUAUGUAUUAAUGUACUUUGCCAGGAGCAGCCUUCCUUGGCAAGGACUUAAGGUUGUCAACAUUGUUUCUUUUUUUUUUUGGUUUUUGUUUUUUUGUUUUUAUCUACAGGGCAAUAGGGAAGAAGGGAAGAAUGUGCAAAACAGGCCAUAAAAAUUUUAUAUACUUAGAUGUUUUAACCAAGUUACAUCUAGUGGUAUAUUAUAGUCAUGACAACUUUUCAUGAUUUAUCUUCUGUCCAGGCUGCUACAAAGAAACAGAAGUAUGAAAGAAUAAGUGAAAAAAAGAUGUCCACACCAGUUGAAGUUCUUUGUAAAGUGAGUUGUUAUGUUUUGUCUUUUCUUAGGUCCAAUAUUUGAAUUUUUAAGAGAAAAAUAUGACACCUAUAAAACUAAGAGAAAGUGUCCUAACAUUUUUAGGGAUGUGGUACCACUUUUAUUUUUUAAGUCUACAGUGGUUACUGGUGGGGCUAAAAUGGUGCAUUUGUAAAACAUUACUGACAAAAACAGUUCUUCUCCAAAAAAGGGUUUUGGGGGAAAAUGGGCUGCAAGUGAUAAAAAAGUAUCUCAUUCAGGAAGAGUAGUAAAUCCACAAGUCACCCCAAGUGGUAGAAGACAGGAGAGACUUCCUAACCCUUAAACUUGUAGAAGUGAUUAACAUGUAACUUGCCCAUAGUAUCCAUACAUUAUUCAGCAAACAGGUAAUGAGAAUAUUCAAACUUAUCAGGUACUAAAUUCCUGUAAUUACAUGGAGAUGUCAAGGAAAUGUGUGUAGCAAAAGGGGAGGAUAAAUAAUCAGAUCUUAGGAGUUAAAGGUGUGGCAAGUAGAUUACUUUUUUUUCACAUAAGCUUACAAUGGUUGUUGUUGUUGUUGUUUUGCAGGGUUUUCCUGCAGAGUUUGCCAUGUAUUUAAACUAUUGCAGAGGAUUAAAAUUUGAAGAGGCACCAGAUUACAUGUAUCUUCGCCAACUGUACAGAAUUCUGUUCAGGACAUUGAACCACCAGUAUGACUACACAUUUGAUUGGACACUUCUGAAACAGAAUGUAGGCCAACAAUCUGCUGUUCCAAUGAGUGCAGGGGCUACAGCUCUACCAGGAACAGCCCCACCACAAACAACCAGUGCAAGACAUAAACAACGCACACAACGUGAGUAUUAUGGUCAGUGA